AUGGCUGAAGAGGCCGAGGUCGAGCAGACACCGCAACCCUUCGAAGGAGAAAGGAUCAUCCCAAAACCUGUGAAGGAUGGCGACUGGCUCAAGGGUGAUCUGGCGAAGAUUCACAAGGACUUCUACCUGAACCAUCCGGAUUUGUCCCUGCAGUGCGAGCGCUUUUGCUGGGGGAACUUGGAAGCGGCCCAUCCGGUCCUGGGACAGAGGUCUCAGGAGGAGGCGGAGGAAUAUCGGAAGGCGAAUGGCAUCGUGGUGCAAGUGGUGCGAGGGAGACCUGCGCCGAAGCCUUUCCAGACCUUCCAAGAGACCGCCUUCCCCAGUUUCGUGGAGGAGUUGGCGAUGGAACUCUUCAGCACCGAAUCGCAAGGAGCUUUGCCUUUCGCGGUGCAAGCGCAAGCCUGGCCCUGCGCCCUCUCUGGCAUGGACUUGAUUGCGGUGGCGCCGACCGGGAGUGGCAAGACGUUGGCGUUUUUGUUGCCGGCCUUGGUGCACAUCAUGGCCCAGCCCCACGUUCAAGAAGGAGAAGGACCCAUUGUGCUGAUCCUGGAGCCCACGCGUGAGCUGGCGGUGCAAACCUACAAGGUGGCCCAGCAGUUCUGCACGCGCACCUCCGGCGAGGACCUGAUCCGCGCAGGGCUCUGCUUCGGCGGCGUGGCGGCGCAGCAGCAGACGCCGCUGGUCGAGGCGCCGGACUUCGGGCGGUGGCCCGAGAUCCUGGUGGCUACGCCGGGGAGGCUCUUGGAAUUGAUCAGCGUGAAGAAAUGGAUCAGCGCCAAGCGGAUGAGCUACGUGGUUCUGGAUGAGGCGGAUCACAUGCUCUUGACGGGCAAUUGGCUCGUCCACAUCAAGCAGCUGCUGUAUCUCAUGCGCCCCGACCGGCAGCUCUUGCUCCUCAGCGCCACCUGGCCUUUGGACGCCGACCGCGUGGCCUCCGACCUGUGUGGAGAGGAGUUGAUCAAGAUCCGGGUGAACCCUGUGGUGCCCAACAUCCCCCAAGAAGUGAAGCUCUUCCCUGGCCAGUUCGAUGGCGGCUACAACAAGAAGAUGGCAGAGCUGGUGCGCUGGAUCCAGGAGGAGAUGGAGCCGAGUGAGUCGCUCUUGGUCUUCUGCCACCACUACCGCUUGCCGCCCCAGAUCGCCCAUCACCCGCCGGUCUUAGAGGCGCUGAGCAAGCACGUGCCAAACUCACACUGGCACGAUCGAGUGGCGGUGCUGGACCAUGCGCAGAAGCACGAGGAGCAGCAGGCGCAGUACAUGAACUUCUUGCAGGGCAAGGUCAAGAUGUUGAUCUCGACCUUCUCCUUGGCCGGCCGAGGCUUGGACUUCCAUGAUCCAGCCCCUUGGCCCGGGGUGAUGGGUGGAUUCCGAUCGCAAAAAGCAGUUCUUGGUGGGGUGAUGGUGCACAGAGAUUUUCAUCCUAGAUCAUUUGAGAAUACAUGA